AAUCUGCUGGAAGAUUUUGAUGAUAUCGUGAUGACAGUUGGCAGUGGAGGAUCUGCAGCAGGAAUUUCCAUGGCUAAUUAUCUGACAGGUUCAAAACUCAAAUGCCAUGCAGUAAAUGUGUAUGAUGACGAUGCAUAUGUAUACAGCAAGAUAAAUGAAGAACUUCAAGAAGCUGGGCUCUCUGUGCAAGCAGAAGAAAUAAUUGAUGUCAUGGGCGGACAUCAUUUGCCAGGAUAUGGAAGACCCUCACAAGAAGAUCUAGAAUACAUUUUAGAGAUUUCCAGUUCUACCGGAGUGUUGAUUGACCCAGUGUACAACAUAAAGACAGUCAGAGGAAUGCUGGCUGAGAUGACCAACAAUCCCGAGAGAUUUCAAGGAAAUAGGAUACUCUACAUUCAUACUGGUGGAUGUUUUGGUUUAUUUAAUGGAGGAGUUGAAUCUUUACUGACAAGUUCACGAGGCACACAAUGUAUCAAUGAGAUUCUGUCCUGGAGAAACAUCAACGAUCCUCUGCCGAUCUGAUUGUAAUUAAUCAAAGAAGCUUUACGUCAUGAUAUAUGGUUUUUAUUGGAUAUAAUUUGUAGUCAAUUUCAUUCCUAAUUAAGAGUAACUAUUUUUUAGGCCGAUAAUAGUGUAAGAAACAUUGUUUAGGUUCAUAGUCAGGCUCGCAUCAGUUAUACCAUUAUUAAGUUAAAGCGUGUUUUUUGCGCUCCUUAACUCACAAGUUACACGCCAAACAACUUGCAUUCCAUCACGUACCAUGGAAACAACGUCCAAAGUCCAAUCAGAACAUACCCAAUCGUGGCACUACAUGAACAUUAGGCAAUUUUUCAUGUGCUUGGAUUGUAUUCCAGCAAUUAAAUUCUAUCUUGUCAAA